UAAUUGAGUAGUGGGAAGAGAAAAAAAUACAUGUGAGCAAGAGAAAUUUUUGAAAAAUAAUUGCUAGCUCUUUUAUUUUCUUGUCACUUUUUUAUUGAAUCCAUUUGCAUCCACCUUCCCUCAUUCCCUGUCCCAAAAAGGAAUCUUUUGUGACUUUUCAUGCAGUGGAGGGAACCUCCUUUAACACUGCAAACAGAAAACAAACCAUCUAUAUUUGAGCAAGAAAAUCCUUAAAAGGAGGAGUGUGGUAUGUCUUUUAUUUUCCUCCUUUGUUGUCUUUUUAUUUAACCCAUUUGGAUCCACCUUUCUCUCAUUUCCUGCCCUCAACAAGGGAUCUUUGGUGACUUUUCAGGCAGUGAAAGGAAUCUCCUUGGACUUUGCAAGCAGAAAAAAGACAUUUACAUCUCAGCUAAGGGCCCUUCCAGACAGGCCCUAUAUUCCAGGAUCUGAUCCCAGGUUUUCUGUUUAUUCUAGAUUAUCUGGCAGUGCGGACAUCUUUUGGGGGUGCUUUGAACGCAAUUGUCAUCCUUUUUGGCAAGGGAUUGGACUAGAUGGCCCAUGAGGUCUCUUCCAACUCUAUGAUUCUAUAUAAUACAGAUUAAAGCAGGAUCAGAUCCUAUGAUAUAGGGCUUUUCUGGAAGGGCCCUAAGACAUACCUUUUUAUUGACUCUGUUUGGAAAUCCCUUUCCCCAAUUUCCUCCCUUCCUUGCACAAUACAAAGUGGGGAGGAUGGCUCUAGAGUACGUCAAGAACCAGAAAGGCCGAGAGGAGCUCCUCUACAAAGGAUACCUGCAUAAGAAACAGCGGGCAACUGCUGGCAAAAUUUUAUGGAAAUGUGUCGACUACGCCAAGUAUCAAUGCAAGGGCAGAGUCUAUACAUGUGAUGGCCAAAUGAUCAAGUACUUCCGGCAUCGGCAUCCUCCUGAUGCAACCACGGAGAAAACGAAACCAAAGGCUCAUAGCCCCAAACAAAUGAUCCCUCAUGAGUCUGUGGGGAAAACUAAACAAAAAAUGAGUGGCUUCAGAGAAAUUACCUUGGGUGAGACCGCAAAGAAAACCAAACGAAAGGUCAGUGGUCCAAAAGAAGUGAAGGCAAGUGAGACCAUGGGGAAAACUAAACGAAAGAUUUUUGGCCCCCAAAAAAUGAUCCCCAGCCAAGAAUCGGCACACAAUGUCGCAGUGAUGCCAACCAAUGGAGAAGUGAAAGCAAGUGAGACCGUGGGGAUAACUAAACGAAAGAUUUUUGGCCCCAAAGAAAUGAUCCCCAGCCAAGAAUCGGCACACAAUGCCGCAGUGAUGCCAACCAAUGGAGAAGUGAAAGCAAGUGAGACCGUUGGGAAAACUAAACGAAAGAUUAUUGGCCUCAAAGAAAUUAUCCCCAGCCAAGAAUCGGCACACAAGGCUGCAGUAAUGCCAACCAAUGGAGCAUCACCAGAAGUCGUGGCUAACAAGAAACCCUGCAUCCAAAAUAAUCCAAAACAGACAAUCCAGCGCUUGAGAGCAUGUCUGAAUGCACUCCGGCAAAGCACAUCCGAUUUACGGACUCCUGCCUCUACUAAAAGAGCUGCCGAAGACCCAACGGCGACUCUUCCUCAAGCACCUCCAGAUUGUCCAGAGAGUUCAAUGGAAGGAGCCACUGAAGGGAGUUUUGAGGCCACUCCCAGUCCUCAAGAAGAAAUUUCUGAGGAUGCCCCUAUUCCCACCAGAGAGUGCCAUUCAACCCUGACUUGGGCCCAUCGAGAAGCCAACCGACUGAGGUUCCGCACAAGUGCCAUCCCCCCUGAACAAGCUCCCGAGGAGAUCCUGUUGCAUUUGAGCGACGCAGCACAGCAAUGGCUGUGUCCGCAAGAGCAUAGCAAGGAGUGGAUUGUGGACAUGGUUGUCCUGGAACGAUUCCUGGAUGUACUCCCAGUGGACAUGCGGACGUGGGUGAGAGCCAGGGAGCCGGGCAGCAGCAAGGAAGCGGCUCAGCUGGCAGAGGCCUAUUUCAGGGAGCGCCAACCAGACCACGCUAUUCAGGACCAGAUAACCUUGGGAGAUGUAUCUUUGAAUUUCAGUACAGACGAAUGGGCUUUACUAAACCAUGGAGAAAAAGCUCUUUACUGGAAUGUCAUGCAUCAGAAUUAUGACAAUGUGACCGGCCUUGGUGGUGGAUCAAAUGACCAAAAUGAAGGGGUGGACGUUGGGCUGGCAAUGUCUGAACCCCUGCUGGGAUUGUCAGCAAAACAUGGAGCAUCUUCACCAAGUCCUGAACUGGAUUUGAUCAGGGAGAACUGUUUUGAAAGGCAACUGAAGCACAGCACAGGAAAAAAGGGAAGUUUUGUUUAUUUCAGGGAAGGGUUGAAGAAACUUGUCAGAGGCAGAGUUCACCCAAAUACUAAACUGUGUCCAGAGCCACAGUGUCUCAAUACAGACUGUGACAAACAGGGUGAAACCACAAUAGUUCUUGAAAGUCAGAAACAUCUCAGUGAGGAAGACCCUCAAGUCAUGACAGAAUCUGAAGAGUUACAUGAAACAUCAGAACAGAGACAUUUCCAGAACCUCCCAAAUUCAGUCAAUGAGGUCCAAAAGAGUAAAGAGGGGCAGCACUCAAACUGCUUGGAAAUGGAAGAAGAGGAGCCUGUUGUUUUACAAAAGUGGUUGUGGGUCCCAGUUCUUCAAGAUGUGAGACCAGGUGUGGAGACUCUCUUCAUAGAAAUUGAUGGCGUAGAACAAGAAGAAUCAUUAACUUUUGUCAGUGAUAAGGAGAUCCUAGAUGGGGAGCACGCUGAAGGUGUUGUUAUACUCAAUGAAUCAUUGGAAAUGUCAACAGAGGAGAGUUCCCAAAGUCCAGAGCAAGACCUGCAGUCUGAUGCUGCCCACAUUAACUCAGAGUUGGGUAACACUGGGUUGAAUAUCGAAGUGGGUUUGACAAGUGAGAACCAGAGGGAAAAUGGUGCCAGAAGUGAAGGAUGUAUAGAGAAGUCCAUUAUUUCUGGAAAUACUACAGGGGAGUCCAUUGCUGAACCAGGUCCAGAGAUUCAGUGUAUCGGCAUCCUUGGUGGAAAUCAAGAUGAAACCUCAACACAUGUUGAUAGUCUGGAAAAUAGCUGUUCAGAAGACCUGAACACAUGUCUGGAGUAUGAAAAGAAAUCCCCCCACAAUUUAGAAGAGCUUAGCUGCUCUGAGUCGGGGGAAACCUCUUCUACAAAGCACAAAAAGAACGGGGGAAAAGAAAGAUGUUUUCACUGUAGAGACACACAUGUUCUUGGAGCACAUGCGAGAAUUUGUCCAAGACAGAAACAUAAACAUGUGAAUGGGGAAAACCAGAACUGCUGCAGACUAUGUAGUUGCAAGCUUGUUGAACGAGUAAAUGGAAUAACGGAAACCUCACAGUGUUACCCCUUAAAACGUCAUAUCCAAAAUGGCAAUGCAUGGCAUCAGCCAAUGGAGGCAGUGAGGAUAUCAUCGAAUGUGGAGUCUUCCUCGUCUGACCCCAAAGGACUUGAAUCUCACCAGGAAUCUUCAUUUCUAACCAAAAUAGUAGCUGAACCUUCUCUGGCCCAGCUGAUGGGCAUAUUGCAGAGAGUGGCUGCAGACACUGCAGAAAUCAAGUCUUCAGUUUCCAGCCUGCAGUGCACGGUAACUGGCAUCCAGAGUGCCCUAGGGAGCCUUUCCGGAUGCACCGACGAAGCUGAACACAGGAUUUCCCAUUUGGAGGACGCCACCCGAAACACUAAGUCUCAGCUUGUGCAGCAUUGUAAUGAUAUUAAGGCGAUUGAGGCCAAAUUGGGUGGGAAAACUAUUCAGACCAAUGUCAUAGCCGGGCUGUGGUCCUCCCUGAAGAUCAGUAGAGGGGCAAGUCCCCUAAAUCUGUCCCCAAACACCUGAGAAGGAAGCAUCCCAAAUGGUUCAGAAGGAGGUCAAAGAUUGCUCCUUUCAGCGGUCUAGACUAGUAUGUCUCAAAGUAAGUAUCCCAUGGACCAGUCUCGGGCCCUCAGCCAUUGGCUGCCAGUCCUUGAGAACUUCCCAGGUAAGAGAAAUCAUUGUAGCCUGUGAGCACAAAUAUGGUGCCCAGCCUCAAGUAUAUUGGGAAAAUAUACUUUCAGAUGGUCUGGCAUAGACAAUGGCCUACAUUCUGUUUUUAGUCUCAAAUAGAGUAGACCCAUGGAAAUGAUGGGAACUUAACAAACUAACAGUUGAUUUGAGGGAUCUGUUGGUAGUUGGGAGUAGCAUCAGAUGCAUGCUGGUGGGUCUACUAGCUACGUAAACAGCAUUCCUGUUUGACUUCUUGGAAAACAUUUGCAAGUUUUCAGACUUCAGUAAACCUUGGCCUGGUGAUUAGAAACAAAACAAAGGGUUGCUGUGUGCUAUUUGGGUUGUAUAGCCAUGUUGCAGAAGUUCCAGGAGGGAAUGCUUCUGGAACAUGGCCAUAUAGCCCGGAAAACUCACAGCAACCCAGUGAUUCCGGCCAUGAAAGCUUUAGACAACACAAAAUAAAGGGUUCUUGGAUCAAGUAGCAGCACUUGGAUCACCUCACUACCUCUGAGGAUGCUUGCCUCUAGAACAUGGCCAUAAUAGCCCGAAAAAACAUACAACAACCCAGUGAUUCUGGCCAUGAAAGCCUUCGACAAUACAUAGCACUUGGAUCCAUGUUAAUGGAAUGGUGAAUCUGUUCCAGGUUUUAGUGUGAUCUUUAUAAGGCUAUCUGAUCUGCAGAAUCUCUUUGAGCAGCACCUUAGGUAUCUCCUUUCAGAUUUGGACUUGAACUCGAAUACAAAAUUCCAUAUAAUUUUAUAUUCCAUAUAAAAUCCAGAUUAUCUGAUUUGAUAAUCUGGAUUGUAUGACAGUCCAGAAGGGGCCUAUGCUGAUGACCUCAAAGGUGGGACUACUGCUCUUGAUACAAAGAUCAAGCGAUUAGCUAGUAUUACUAAUCCCACUGCACUACAAGCACAUCAGUUCAAUUUCCUGACUUCUGCUGAAGACAUUGCUUUGGUUAGUAAUGUAAAACGGUGCAUUUCCAAUUUUACACAGUCAUAAGUCAUUCCUUUUUAUCAUUGCAGAGGUCAGAAUCUUCUGCCAACUUUGUGCCAUGACCAAAAUCCCCCAACUCCACUUUUUAGUUGGAGGACCCAGCUACCGUGUUUCCCCGAAAAUAAGACAUACCCAUUAAAUAAGCCGUAGCAGGAUUUCUAAGCAUUUGCACAAUAUAAGCCAUACCCUGAAAAUAAGAUAUAGUGAUACAAGCUGAUGCACAAGAGGGAGACGUAGAAAGUGAAAUGCAAGAACUUUCUGCACUGGCAGCGGAGCCGAGUAUAGGUCUCCCCCCCCUCUCAUUUCCGGCUACUCCUUUUCCUCCUUCUUCUGUUCUUCUUCCCUUUGGGCCAGGCAAGUCAGGGCAUCCGAGUGAGUGGGUGAGAGAGGAAGGGAGUCAUUGGCUCCAACAGGGCCACGGUUGGUGGCACUACUUCCCUUCCCCUGGGAAGUCUCCUCAGUGAAGUGAGGAGCAGGAUGCUCUGCUUUAGGUAUUGUGUAUCCUCAGGGUGAAGAAGUAAAGCUGUGGCUGCCAUUUUACUCAGCACUACAUUUGACUGAAUGCAGUUGGUUAUACCAUCUAUAUAAAUAAAAAUGUAAUGUUAGUUUGUGGGAUUAACAUAACUCUAAAACCACUGGACGAAUUGACACCAAAUUUGAACACUACACCCCUAACAGACCAACGAGUGACCAUCACUCAUAAACCCUGUGUGCCAUCAUAAACCCCUUCCAAAAAACAGUGGAGAGGACUCAAAACCCCCCCAAAAAAGCUAAAUGACAAUAUAGCGCAUGUGCAAAAAUGGCAUCUCCCAGCAUCCCCUAGACCAGCACCUUUAGGAGAGAAUGAUCCAAAUUCACUGCUUCCAAAAUGCAAGUUUGCUUCUCCUUGGAUUUCUUUGAGAGCAUCCCAAUCCAUACAUAUUUCCUAUUCCUGGACUGCAACUCCCAGCAAUCCUCCAGAUAGAUAGAUUAGAUAGAGAUAGGUAGGUACACAGAUAGAUCAAUCAAUCAGGAGGACUGCUGGGAGUUACAGACCAAGAAUAGGUAGAGAAGGAAGAAAGGAGAGAAAGAAAAAAGGAGGGGAAGGAAGGAAAGAGAGAAGAAAGGAAAGAGAGAGAAAGGGAGGGAAGGCUGGCCACAGCAAUGCGUGGCUGGUACAGCUAGUACUUAAUAAAAAUAAGCCAUAGUGUUUCUUCUUGCAGAAAAAAUGUCUUAUUUUCAGGGAAAUUCCAUAGUAAUUCCAUAGGAUGAUCUCAUGACGAUUAAAGUGGGGUCAUAGGGCUAUAAUCCAUACCAUAACGUCGUUUGAAUGGAUCUCAGUCACACCCAGAUGCCUUUCUAAUAUCCCUUCCUCUCCUGCAGUCACUAAAUCGGGGUUGGAUGGGUGCCCUGCAGCUAAACAUGUGCUGGGUGGAAUGAUAGCUCUGUAUGUGGACCUUUUAUGCAAUGCAGUAUACUAAUGUAUGUACAUUAGACAUGGAAGUCAUGUGACCUCCGGAUAUUUUUGAACUGUAAUCCCAUCAAUGCCUCACUAGCAUAGCCAAUAGUAUUGUAUUCUCCAGCAUUAUCUGGAGGCCUACAUAAUUUCCAUUCUUGAAAUAUGUAUUAUUUAACUGUACAAUCUCAGACUUUUAUUACAAGUCUCCUUAAGAGUUGUCACAGAAGUAUUUUUUAUCUGGAUCAAUGCAUUUCCCCUCUUAUUUUGAUGUUUAUAUCAUUUCUCAUUUAUCUCAUGUACUCGCCUCUUCAAUGUUUUAAUGGCUCUUUAUUUGAUGUUAUUGUUUGGUACCUUGAGUCUUGAAAUACAAUAACAAAUGAGCUCUAAUAAGCUUGAAAUCCGCCCAUCCUUUCUCUGGCACUGACCCAAGUUACCUUUACUAGCAUUUUUUCUGACAUUGUAUUAAUUAAUAGGUAUCAAUAAACUGUUUAAUGCAUUUCAA